UGCCCUGUUCGAAAACAUUGUCUGCGCGAGAGGAAGUACAUGCAGGUUGACGAAAUACGACUGACUGCGUGUGUAAUAUAGUGAAAGGUUUUGCCACUUGCCAGUCAAACUGAAGAUGGCUGCGGGUAAAGCGCGCAUCGGGCAUCUGGCCCCUGACUUCAAGGCCACAGCAGUGAUGCCAGAUGGACAGUUUAAAGACAUCAGCAUGUCUAACUACAGAGGGAAGUAUGUGGUGUUCUUCUUCUACCCACUGGACUUCACCUUUGUGUGCCCUACUGAGAUCAUCGCUUUCAGUGACGCUGCCGAGGAGUUCAGGAAGAUCGGCUGCGAGGUCAUUGGUGCCUCUGUUGACUCCCACUUCUGCCAUCUUGCCUGGACCAACACACCUCGUAAGCAGGGCGGUCUGGGUGCCAUGAAGAUCCCUCUGGUAGCCGACACACUGCGUUCCAUCUCCACGGACUACGGGGUGCUGAAGGAGGAUGAGGGCAUCGCCUACAGGGGCCUAUUCAUUAUUGACGACAAGGGCGUCUUGAGGCAGAUCACCAUCAACGACCUUCCAGUGGGACGCUCCAUCGACGAGACCCUGCGUCUGGUGCAGGCCUUUCAGUUCACUGACAAACACGGAGAAGUCUGUCCCGCCGGCUGGAAACCAGGAAGUGACACCAUCAAGCCCGACAUCCAGAAGAGCAAAGACUUCUUCUCCAAGCAGCACUAAGAUGUUGAGGGUCUGCAGCCUGCUGUAGGACAGCUAGAAUUACAGUACAUUUCAAGAGAACAAUGGUGAAGAGCAGUAGCCUAUAACAUGUGUUUGGAUAUAAUGGAAAUUAUUAUGACCAAAGAAUCAAGAUUAGAUUCUGUUGGAGAUGUUUUAGUGUCAUUAACCAGGUUCCAUCCAACCUUUUUAUGCGAGUAAAUUACAUGUUGGAUAAAAAUGUCAUGACAGGCCUGAUGGAAACAGUUAAUUUGUCUGUAAACUUUCCAAAUGACGACAAAACAAAGUACGCUAGGCAAGGUGAUGAGCUUGAUGCUCCUUUCCGAUAAAUAUCGAGGGUCUUAUUCUGGUGACAUGAUGAUCGAUGCUUGA